UGUGGUGACAGAACCAUAUUUCAGUUCAUCUUCUUCGGCGAAGUAUAAGUAUGGGAAGAACAAAGAAGCGAGGAGUAUCGUGAGCAAGAAGGAGCUGUUAGUUCCGAUUUCGGUAAGCAAAUUUAGUUGCAGCUGCAGACGCGGGCUACCCGUAGCAGUUCUAGGCUCUCAUAUGUAUUGUCUUGGUCCCAUAGUGUCUAAUCCCUCUAGCAAUAGCAACCAAAAGUUAUGCCUACAAGCAUACAAUUUAGAUACGGAUGUGUGGUUCUAUGGUCGUCUCGACUUGUGCUCCUCAGUUUUAUGGAAGGGUGAAUUUUUGCCGUGUCAAUUAUCUACUUCUUUGCACCACUUGGCUCAUCACAAAUUCUGCUUUCUCUUCACGAGCCUCGGCAGAGGAAGCUUCCUUAAUUGUCUCAUAUUUGACGUUUCUCCAAUUUCCCGCAAAAAUUAUCAUUAUCACGCUAAUGACGAAGAUGACGACUUUUCCCGUAACCUUUACCGUGAUGGUUGGGAAAAGGAUCGGCCUUUCUCCAAAGCUUUCUCCAAAUUGGGUAUUUCCAUUGUCUCCAUCCAUAAGUAUCCCGUCCAUGGUAGAUUAAGAGUCCACCACACCGUGUUGCUGGGUGCUGGAUUUUAUACAUCAGAGAAGAAGAAACCAAAGUUGUCACGUAAACCAAUUGAGAGCCCAACUUGCAGGGAUGCUACAUUUUAUACCCCAAAGAUGAAGAAACCAAAGUCAUCACAUAAGCCAUAAGCCUAGUGAGACCAUCAAUGAUAUUUAUCUUAGUAGGUUGCUUCCUCGAAGACUAAGUUUCUAUUGCUUGUGAUUUUAUAGACCCUGAUGAAAGAUUUGAACUCUGUAGUUUAUUUAGAAUCAUUAUGGAUAAUCUGUAUUACAAACUCAGUUAGAACUUAAUGGUUAUGAAUGAAUCAAGCUUUUGUUUUUAUGUUCAUUUUGUCUAUUGUUUUCCGUAGAUGUUAAGAACAUUUUUUACCAUCAAGGUGAUUUAAGGCUCCAUUGAAAUUAAUUAAAAGCCUUCUUAAUUUGGAGAUUAGUUAAUAUGCUGCAAUUGAACAUAGCUUAAGUCCAACUAUUUUAUGGUCAUUGUUCUUCACAAAGAUUGAAUUCAGCACUGUCGACCUAGCCAUAUCAUUGCUAGGUUGUAAUCUUUGUAAGACGUCUAUCCUUUGUGUUGGUGACAAUGGUACUACCAAUUCCUUACUGCUCUUGCAUCUUGGUUGAUAAGGUUAAACCAAAUUGAUGAAUCCGUCAAAAUCCUUUUGUUCAUGGUUAAAAUAGCUUCUUUGUAGUGGUAAGGGCCAUAGGCUCUCGAGUAGUGGAUGAUUUGAGCAGGUCAUUUUCCUUCACCAAUGAAGUCAGCCCCAUAAUUUGCUUUCAAACUGCCUGCUGUGUAUCAAGCUGCUAUCAAGAUUCAAACAUAGUCCCCAUACGCAAAGCUCAUAGCCCCUUUGAAUACUUGAAUUUGUUAGCUAUGAUAGGUAUGUUGAAAACAUUUCAAGAGGAUUGCUUGCUUGCGCUUCUCUCCUGUGUUGAUUUGUUUGGAAUAUCAUUGGUUUGGGUAUUCUUUCACCCAGAUGCCCCAUCUUGAGUAUACAGAUCAACUGCAACUUCUCUUGUACCAUAACUAUUGGAUAAGCUUAGCAGCAGUAUCUUUGCCUUAUAGAUAAGUUACUGUGAGCCUUCAUUUCAGGAUGAUUUAGAUACUUAUUUUUUUGGUUCAGCUUGAAAUUUUAACAUAGGACUCUAUUGUAGAUAAGUUAGCCAUUCUAUGGUCUUUACUUGUGGGGAAUCUAUCGUAUCAUAACUUGCUUCAGCAUUAGCUGUUCUCGGUAAUAAAUGAUUGUUAUGCAGCCUGGAUGAUUGUUAUGUAGUUGUUCUUGUGGUAUUUUGUGGUGCAUCCUACUUGGAAAUUGUCAAAUCAAGGGAUGACCAGGUUCCAACAAACACUGAUUUCCUGGCUGCUUUACUGCCUUUGGUUUGUAUUCCAGCAGUGCUAUCACUUUGCUCUGGUUUUUAUAAAUGGAAAGAUGAUGAUUGGAGACUUUCUCGAGGUGUAUAUGUAUUUGUUAGCAUUGGCCUUCUCCUUCUGCUUGGUGCAAUAUCAGCUGUUACAGUUGUUGUCAAACCUUGGAGUAUCGGAGUAGCAUUUCUUUUGGUUCUUCUCAUGAUGGUACUAGCUAUUGGUGCUAUCCACCACUGGGCUUCAAACAAUUUUUAUUUGACCAGAACACAGAUGUUCUUUGUUUGUUUUCUUGCUUCUCUUUUGGCUUUGGCAGCAUUUCUUGUUGGAUGGUUUGAAGAUAAAUCAUUUGUUGGAGCAUCGGUUGGUUAUUUCUUGUUUCUGUUUCUUCUUGCUGGAAGAGCAUUGACUGUUCUUCUUUCACCUCCAAUUGUUGUUUAUUCUCCAAGAGUAUUGCCUGUAUAUGUCUACGAUUCUCAUGCAGAUUGUGGAAAGAAUGUCAGUGCUGCAUUUCUUAUGCUUUAUGGGAUUGCGUUGGCAACUGAGGGCUGGGGGGUUGUUGCCAGUUUGAAAAUUUAUCCACCAUUUGCUGGUGCUGCUGUGUCAGCAAUUACUCUUGUUGUAGCCUUUGGAUUUGCUGUCUCUCGGCCAUGCUUGACUCUUAAGACGAUGGAAGAUGCUGUGCAUUUCCUCAGUAAGGAAACUGUUGUUCAAGCAAUCGCUCGAUCUGCAACAAAGACCCGAAAUGCACUAUCUGGAACUUAUUCGGCUUCUCAGAGAUCUGCCAGCUCAGCAGCUCUUUUGGUAGGAGACCCUACCAUUAUGAGAGACAGGGCUGGAAAUUUUGUGCUUCCUAGGGCUGAUGUCAUGAAACUCAGAGACCGUUUAAGGAAUGAAGAAUUAGUUGCUGGAUCAUGCUUCUGCAGAAUGAGAUAUAAAAGAAUCUUCCGCUGUGAACCUGGCAAUGAUGUAGAUCACAGAAGAGAAAUGUGUGCUCAUGCACGUAUUUUGGCUUUGGAAGAGGCCAUCGACACUGAAUGGGUGUACAUGUGGGAUAAAUUUGGUGGUUAUUUACUUCUUUUGCUUGGUUUGACUGCUAAGGCAGAACGAGUUCAGGAUGAGGUUCGCCUGAGACUAUUUCUUGAUAGCAUAGGAUUUUCAGACUUAAGCGCCAAGAAAAUAAAAAAAUGGAUGCCAGAGGACUGCAGGCAGUUUGAAAUUAUUCAGGAGAGGUAGUUACUUGUUGAAAAGGAAAUACUUUGCGCCAUGUGAGGUAGUUCAGUUGUUAUAUAAUGUCAUCAAAAGCAACCCCCCCUCUUUAUGGUCAUAAAACUCAUGUAGUUUCAAUGUGGGAUUCUUCUCUUAAGAAACCCUGCUGAAUAGGAAAGAGGCAAUAUCUAUAGGACAAUUGGAUUCAAUUACAGUGAUCUAUCUGGGACAUCUUUUGGUUUUAUUCUGGAUUUGUGGCUUCAUGGAAGUAUCAUCAUAUUGCUUGGUAA